AUGGCCUCCCUGCCGACCGUCGUGCGGGCGACGGCCCCCAAGAUUGCUAGAAGCGCACUGCAGCGCCGGGCCAUUCAUUCCGAUGUGCACAUCACGCGCACCGGCAAGCCUAUUCUCAGGACCACGGGCGGCCGCUCCUCCCUUGGUGGGCACACCGCGACCGUCUUCGGCGCCACCGGCCAGCUCGGCCGUUACAUCGUCAACCGGCUAGCGAGACAGGGAUGCACCGUCAUUGUACCGUACCGGGAGGAGAUGGCCAAGCGCCAUCUCAAGGUGACCGGCGAUUUGGGCCGUGUUGUGUUCAUCGAAUACGACCUUCACAACACCCAGUCGAUCGAGGAGAGCGUCCGGCACUCUGACGUCGUCUACAACUUGGUCGGCCGAAACUAUCCCACCAAGAACUUCUCCCUCGGAGAUGUGCACAUUGAGGGCACCGAGCGGAUCGCGGAGGCCGUCGCCAAGUACAACGUUGACCGGUUCAUCCAUGUUUCGUCGUACAAUGCCAACCCCCAGUCGGCUUCCGAGUUCUAUGCGACCAAGGGCUAUGGCGAGAAGGUGGCGCGGGAUAUAUUCCCCGAAACCACCAUUGUCCGGCCGGCCCCGAUGUUCGGUUUCGAGGACAAGCUGUUGCUCAAGCUCGCUAGCGUUGCGAACCUUUUCACGGCGAACAACAUGCAGGAGACGUACUGGCCAGUGCAUGUCAUCGAUGUCGGGGAGGCGCUGGAGAAGAUGAUGUUUGACGACAACACAGCGUCCCAGACCUUCGAGCUCUACGGCCCGCGGCAAUACUCGACGGCCGAGAUCGCCGAGUUGGUCGACCGUGAAAUCUACAAGAAGCGAAGACACAUCAACCUGCCCAAGGCGCUCCUCAAGCCUGCCGCGGGGCUGCUCAACCGCUUCAUCUGGUGGGACAUCAUGUCCGCCGACGAGAUCGAGCGCGAGUUCCACGACCAGGUCAUUGACGAGACGGCCAAAACGUUUAAGGAUCUCGGCAUGGAACCCAGUGACAUCAGCAAGUGGACUUAUCAUUACCUGAAGGGCUUCCGUUCGUCGGCAUUCUACGACCUGCCGCCCGCGACUGAGAGGGAAAAGCGGGAGGAGAAGAAGUACAUCCAUGUGCUUGACGACCAGUAA